AUGAACGACAUCCAGGAAUUCUUUCCAGAUACUACUUCUUUCCAAGAGAACCAACCGAAAAGAAGUCUGCGAGCCUUCUUACAACAUAUUGAUAGGUUGGAAAACCUCCCUCUCUUGACCACCAGCGAUAUGGUCACAUUACUAUCGUUAUCAGAGAAGGACAAACAUCAUACACAAGUCUGGGCUGAACUGAAUAACUGGCUUGAGUACGACACAAAGUACGAGGCAUCAUGCAGCAACAAUCGUGAUAGAGAAUUUGACAGAUUGCCCUUGGAUCAAAUAUCUGGCCCCAACGCUGCCCCCCCCCUCCCCGAGAGAGAACACCUCUUUGAUGCAUAUCUCAAGGAAAACUACAGAGACUGCUGCAAUAGGUCAGAAAUCAAGAUGGGAAUUCUGGAUCAAACAUCUUAUACGAGUAUGGACAAUGAAUGGGACUUUUCCAUAAACUCGAUUAGAUCCUUGGAAUGCUAUGUCGAGGCCUCGAAGAAAUCUUUCGUAUCAAUCAUGAUUGCUUUAAAGGUAGUACGGGAAUCAGUACACAAAUCAAAGGAAGAAUGUGUAAUCCAAUCGAAGCGAGUCUUACAUGAGGCCACAUUGGCAAAAGUAAUCUUGCAAUCAGCCACUCUUUCUACUCAACGCCGAUUAACCUUAAGAACUAGCACAAGGCGAAAACAUGAAAUCGACAGAGCGAGAACUUCAAUCAACAUGGCGAGGAGUAAAAUCAUUAGAGAUUCUUCGAUGCUCCAGAAGAUGCAAAACAGAAUGAAAUUCUUAUGCGACACAUUAUCGAUGAUUAAGGAUUCUAAGUCGAGGGAGCUGAAGAAUUUGAUGUUACUUGUCAAACGUUUGAAUUUUGCGAAAGAACGCUUCAUUCUCAAAAAGACACAGCGAGAACCUUACCUUCCUGCAGAGAUCUGGUACAAUAUUAUAGAGAAAGUCAUACCGAAUACAUACAACACAGAAGGUAAUGGGAAACCGGACCCUGCUCUCAAGAGAUGGAUGAUAUCGAAAACAUUGUUUCAAACGGCAGUUCUCGUUUAUUAUACGAAGGCCAUGUUCUGGUGCACCCCUGACACAUUCAUGAAGUUUUCUACUUUCCAAAACAUCAGGAAUAUCACUAUAAACCUGAGGUCAUCUCAAUGGAAUACACAUGCAAUUGUUUCGAAUUGCAUCUGCGAUUUACCGAGGACGACAGCAUCAGUUGAGACAUACGUCUUGCAAGAGCGAUUGAAGGAGUGUCGUUCAUUAUUGAGACUGCGAUUCGUCACCCCCCUCUGUAGUAAAAGAACUGGCGGCUCUACUCCUUUGAGAUGGGUUUCUUUAUCUAAAACCGCUCUUCUCGAUCUUCAGGAAUGGAAGGGGUCGUGCGGUUGUUGCAUCUUCAGCAAAAAGUCCAACAAAUGCUCUUCGCACAUCUCGGUACCAGUCGACAAGGUUGUUUAA